CAAAGGAGACACUUGAGGUGCUGUGCUGGUGGCAUGUAGCCUACCAUAUAGCGUUAGUUCAUAAGUAAAUAAGCCGACAUACUGUACAUAUAAAGUAAAUAAGUUUAUUUUUAGGAAGAAGUUGUCCAAGUUUAUUCUUCUCGAGUGAGAGGCCAAUGAGAAAGAAGAAGUUGUCCAAGUUUAUUCUUCUCGAGUGAGAGGCCAAUGAGAACAAACAUGACUGGAUAAAAAAGAUCCUGGCAACAAGUCAAGAUAAAAUAUAAAUACAUUUUGCAGGCUGUUGAUUCUGGUUUCACCGUACCUCGAAUGGGAGGACAGACUGGAGGAAGGCCGGUUUACCAAAUCGGCCAAGAGCAGUUGCAGAUGUUGUUGUCCUUUAACUUCUCUGCUAAACAGAUUGCGGAGAUCUUGGGUGUCUCAAGAAGAACAGUGAACCCACGGUUAAGGUAUGUGUCAAUUGAAGGACUAGUAUUGGAAUAAUCUGACCUCUUUCUCACUGAGCCCUACACAAUUAUUUUGUUUAUUUACAAAGCACAUGAAACACUGCAGAAUUACCCCUUUCUAUACAUUUCAUAAAGAAAUUGAUAUACUGUGAUAGAACUCUCUCAUAUCCCAUAUCUUUGUAGAAAAAAACUAAUGCGCAUGUACCACAUAGCUGACUUGUCACUGUUCCUUAAACGCAUUGUUUUGUUUAGAGUUACUACUAGGGAUUAAUGUAAAAAAUGUAAGUGUGUAAAUGUAAUCUAAAUUCUAAUAUGUAUACAUUGCCUUCCAUAGACAGUACAAAUGUAUCUUUUAGGCUGCGAUCACACUUGACUUAUUUUUUCAGAAAAAAGCGCUGCCUUCAGCGCCUUUUGACCGCCUUUUCAGAAAAGCGCUGGGUGACGUCAAGCGCCUUUUUGACGAGAAUUCCGUAACCUUAACAACGGGAAUCAUUCAUUCUAGCGAUACAUUGUAUUUUCCGUUGGUUUUCCGUUGGUUAUUUUGUGACAGCUAUCAUGGCAAAUAAAACGCAAUUACUUGCUAUAGCUCUUGGCUUUUGAGGAGGAGGGUGUUGUUGAACAGCCAAGGCGCCGUUUAUGGGUGCAUGAAAUCCUCCGCAGUAGGGAGUCGCAGGGGGCAUUCCGCAACCUGGUCCAGGAGCUCCGCCUAGACGAUGCUAGGUUCAAGUCAUUAUUUCACCUGGUCAAGAGCCAGUUUGAGGACCUCCUCAUGAGGAUUGGACCAGCCAUCUCAAAGAUGCAGACGAAAUUCCGGGAGACAAUCAGCCCAGAGGAGCGUCUUUGCAUUUGUUUGAGGUAUUUGGCAACAGGGGACUCAUACUGGUCCAUUGCUUUCCACUUCAGGGUGGGAGUUAGCACUGUGGCUGGGAUAGUUAGGAGUGUGUGUGAGGCCAUUUGGGACUGCCUGUCUGGGGAGUUCAUGGCUUUUCCCACUGAGGCUGAGUGGAGGAAGAUAGCACAGGAGUUUCAAACCAUGUGGGCAUUUCCUAAUUGCGUGGGUGCAAUGGAUGGAAAGCAUGUAGUUAUUGAGGCACCUCCAUCAAGCGGCUCCUUGUAUUACAAUUACAAGGGGACAUUCUCCAUCGUCCUGUUGGCUGUAGUUGAUGCCCAUUACCGCUUCAGGGUGGUCGACAUCGGUGCCUACGGCAAAAACAGCGAUGGAGGAACAUUAGCUGCCUCUGCCUUUGGGUCUGCCCUGCGGCAGGGGACCCUCAACCUCCCUGGGGAUGCCCUUCUACCUGGAGCAGAGAACUUGGGGCCUAUUCCUCAUGUUUUCCUGGCCGACGAGGCAUUCCCCCUGCGGAGAAAUCUCCUCCGCCCCUACCCUGGGCUCACUAGCGGGGAAAAGCGAGUGUUUAAUUACCGCCUCUCUCAUGCUAGGAGAAUGGUAGAGUGUACCUUCGGCAUCCUAGCAGCCCAAUGGAGGAUAUGCCGGAGGGUGCUUGGUGUGUCACCACAGGUGGCCGAGUCAGCUGUAAAGGCCACCUGUGUACUUCACAACUUUCUGCGGCAGGGAGGCUCACCAGAUGCACCUACUGGCCCAGCAGAACCAUCUUCUGGAAUGCAGAAUAUUGCCAGGGUUGGCAGCAACAACGCCAGCAGAGAGGCCAUGACUGUGAGGACCAAGUUCACAGAGUACUUUUCAUCUGGAGCUGGUCAAGUGCCCUGGCAGAACUGCCCCCUGCACAUCCCACAUUCCCUUCAGUUAACUGUUCAAAGCCACUUCAGUUGAGGUGUGGUCUUGUGAGUUAUCAUUUAAAGAACAAAUUAAUCUGGUGCAGUGUAAAUUGCAAUAAUGACUGCAAGUAAUAGUCAAUUGUAAAGAAGUAAUAUCACACAAGCAAGUAAAGUAAAUAUAAUUAUAGGUUUAAUUUAAUCAAUAAUAAUUACAACAACAAAUAGAAUAUAAUACAUUACUCUCCGAAUUCGAUGUCAAAUAAGGCUUGUUGAAAGCGAAGCUUUGUCAUGGCUUGCUUUCGAGGAUCAAGGCGGUCAAGUGUGGGUGCUAGACUGAGGAGAUAGUGUUCGUUUUCUGUAUAUUUGUUCUGGGCUUGGUCUAAUCUAGAAAGUAUUUGGGCUUGGUAUGGGGUCAUCUCUGGAGAGGCCUUCCUUUUCCCCCUGCCACUACACGUAGCUCUUGGUGAAGGGUCCAGGUGAGGACUUGGUGUACCAGUCGGUGAGGUAGGCGGGUUAUCUAGGGUUACUUCAGACAUUAUGCUACCCUCUAAAUCUACAGUUUCCUCAGUUUGAUGAUCCUGUAUGAAAAUAAAAAAUAAAACCCAUGACAGCACUUAUUAGAACAUUAACAUUUUCCAGGUUUAUACAUGUAUUAACCCCAGCCUAAAAAAAGUUUACUUUUAAAGUACAUUUCUCACCCUGGUCCAUACAUAAACACUGAUUUUCUGCAAGACACAUUCCUAAUAGCUUGCUUAAUUACCUGUCCGGUCUCUGAACAAAUGUUAUUUGGUAAAACUGUUGCUGACUGUGACAGAUCAAAAUUGGAGGUGAUCUCCCUUUCCUGAUUAUAUGGCUCUAGGAAUGCUAAAAUGUCAAGGUAUUUCCAUUUCUUCUUGACUCCACCCUCCGCACCACUCCUGGCCUUCUCCUGCUCUUCUCCUUCCUGUAUUUG